CUGUCUACGCCGCUGCCGCGAAACGACUCGGUCCACGUGAACAUAUUUUGGGCAAUGUGUGCUUUCCGACUCAUGAGAUAAAGUGAUUGAGGAGUGCAUUGCAGUGAAGUGACGUUGGCCAAUCUUGUUUCGCGGGUGAUCAUCGAGUGAAGAAGACACAUAAGGGCUGUCGCUGGUUUUCAGACGAAUAAGGGCCUUUGGGAGCCUGUGCUUGUGUGGGUGCUGCAGACGCGGCGCUGAACAUGUGAGGUUAAAGCAGACAGACAAACAGACGGCGGCAAGAUAUCCGAAAACAAUUGGCCCCAUAUAUUAAUAGAAGGGUGGUCCAGAGCUGCUAGCAGUUGCGAUUUCAUAAGUUUUUGGUGAAUUAUAUUUAAAACGCUAUGGAUUCCCGAAUGCUUAAUGUUUUCCAGGAAGAUCCCUUUGAGGGAAAUUACGUUAAAUACGAAUCUGAGCCAAAUUUCUGGUCAUCUAAUGAUGAUCUACAACUGACAGAUACACUUAACGGUAUUCUGCCCAUCGCGCCCACAGACGAGUCACUGCUCAGCGCUAACCGGGAGGAGGAUAUGCAAAACAGAAAGAACCUGCUGAUCUACAGUGACUUCGUGGAGCAGGAGUUGGGUGACCAGGAAGCCAAAGUUCUUAAUGCCCAGGUCUACCAGGCCAUCACCGACAGCGAGGUCGAGGUGGCCUACGAUCAGCAGCGCCAGAUUAGCGCUAUUGUGGAGUAUGACAGAGAAGAUGUUGGAGUCGACGGUCUUACAGAGGAGGAGGACAUGCAAAGCCAGUGCAGUGACUCAACAUUUCGCACACGCACGGACAGCUCUUCGAUUGGUGACUAUGAGUCGCAUUCCAGCGACUACGAAGACGAAUAUGAUGUUGUCAACGAGGAGCAGAACCAAAGUAUGCUCACCGUUCACGACAACAUCCCCGCCUUCCAAAGCGCCAGUGAGCGCAAGGGACGAACGCUGAGUACUAACACAAUCAUCUCAGAAGUAGACGCAUUUGGACUUAAUAUCGACGUUAAUAACUUUGACUUAGCUGACUUUAUUACCAAAGAUGAUUUCGCCGAGAAUCUAAACGCCUGUCGCAUAAAAGAAUCUCUGCAUGCACAGGAAACACCUGAACCUAAUACUGAGACAGUAGUACCCUCAGUGCUUUCUCCAUCCGAUUCAACGAUUGUGGUAAAACCAAAAGAAGUGUCCGCCAAGGCGCGGGACUCUGAUUAUGACUCGGACUCAAUUAUCGACGUUGAAACUGUCGAUGUUAUCGAUGUGGAUGAGACGUCUUGGUCAACAGGAGAGACAUCUGGAACAGCCCCAAAUCCCGACGAUUUGCACUAUAUGGACAACGUUAAGACGGACCCGUCCUGGUGUCCUAAGUCUGCGAAGAAGGCAUUGCCUGUUGUUAAAGAGCAUAAAUCCGUGCAGCAGGAAAUCCAUCAACUCGCGCCUACAGGUUUGAGCAAACCGAAGCCUGCAAAUAUUUGCCUAGUGCCCAAUAAAAAGCAGUGUGACUUCCUUAAGCGAAAGGUUGGAGCGUCCUUCUUGUCCAAGCCACCCAAGACGACAACCAAAAAAGCUAACGAGUCUACAAAAUUAAUAAGCAACAAGCAACCGCCAUUAAACCAUGUUCCAUGUAAAGGUCUAGGUUUGGGUGGGAAAAACCUUUCGCUUAUUAAGCAGGAAAGAGACGCCACAGUAUCAGCGUGUGCGCCAGAAGAAUCUUCCUCACAGCCAUCAUCAACUAACACGGUUGCACCGACUGUAACACUGACGCCAGCCCCCAAGCGAAAGCUCAAUCUGGAAGAGUACAAACAGCGUCGUUGCGGCGGCGUUGGCAUUGUAAAAAGCAAGCCGACACCGCCUAAGCAGGUGAAACUAGAAGAUACCAGCAAACUGGUCACUCCAUCCCCUGUGUUGAAGCCAACACCAUCGCCUCAGAAAGCAGCGAUUGUAAACAUCGUGAAGAGCCUAAAAUGCCCCAGUAAAGAAUGCACUUCUUUGCCCAUGGAUCCGAUCACCGUAGCCAAAAACAAAGUGUUGCGCAUGCUAGAGAUGAAACGUGCCCAACAGCUAAAAAUAAUUGAUUCUCGCAUAUCAGCCAAGGUGCCACGCGUAACUAAGUUGCCGCCUCUUAAGGAUAUCGUCAAAGACACCUACUGCAUGGAAACGGAGGAUCAGGCGCCAGUAACUUCCGCACCCAACAACAAACUCCACCCCGAUUAUGAGGAGAUUAUAAUAGUUUCAGUUAGUUGCAAUACAGACAUAACAAUACCGCCAAAUCAAUUAAGCAAGGCUUCCCCUCGCUCACUUUUAAAGUCAUCAGUUUUGCUGUACAACAUUUCGAACGGUCAAGAUGCCAAUAAGAACAUAAGCAACUCCCUAAUAGCUAGCAUACAAAGCGAGGUUGUCAGACAAACUAGUAGCACUGCUCUUGCGACAAUAUCGUCCAAUGCUACAGAAGUUAACUCUUCGACUGACAAACACGUUCAGCAUGGCGAAGACAUGGUCAUCAUGCACUUGCCCAAAGAUCGCGUGCGCAAGACUCUUGUAAGCAUGUCCACCCAAACUGAUCUGCAACCCGAGUUUCCAAUUUUGUCCAUCCCCACAACACGACAGUCUCGAGAGCGCACGCGGCGGAAUUACCGCAAGCGAAGAAACCAUGGGUCGGGAUCAAAUGUGUCUCACUCCUCAAGUGGCUCAACCUCUGACUGUAGCAGCCCCGUGUCAUAUAGAUCUCGCUCGCGAUCCGAUUCGAUUGAGCAGCUGCGUAACCUAGACGCAGCGGCAACAUGUGGGGGAGGCAGUAUUGGCAACGGUGGUUAUUCUUCUCGCAGCACACACCGCCAUCGCAGCUCAGUGAGCUCUUCAUCUUACUCAGAGGCAGGCAAGUAUGAACGCAGACAACGUCGCACUAGCUACAACAAGCGACGUUCCAAAAAUCAUAAACGGGCCAGCGAGUCCUCGUCCUGCUCCGGCUCCGAAAAAAGUGAUCGCGCACGUAGCCGGAGUCCGCACAAAUUGCGCCGCUCGCGCUCAAAGUCUGGCUCGCGCUACACUGACAAUAAUAGCCCUAAUAACAAUCGACGCGGAUUUAUGGAUCGUAACGUAUCACAACCUGCCGUAGAGGAGCGGCGCAUCGUCUACGUCGGUCGCAUAGAGCAGGAGACCACUAAGGAACUGUUGCGUCGUAAAUUUUUGCCUUAUGGAAGCAUCAAGCAGAUAACAAUACACUACAAAGAAAAUGGAAUGAAGUACGGGUUUGUUACUUACGAAAGAGCUCAAGACGCUUUCACGGCCAUCGACACCAGUCCUAGAGACUCGCAAAUUAACAUGUAUGAUAUUAGUUUUGGAGGAAGACGUGCUUUCUGUCGCGCAACCUACGCUGACUUGGAUAAUGCUGGUAUCAAUAAUUACCACUCUUACGUUUUUCCCAAGGAGGUACCAGCACCGAAAGUACAGGAAGACUCUUUCGAAGCCUUGUUGCUAAAAGUAAAGGCAAAGUUAAAUGCAGGCAAGCCGGUAGCAGCUACACCUGCUCCAGAACAACAAUCAGCUCCAGCUUCUGUACCCCAGGGUCACAAUCAGAUGUGACAUUUUGGCAGAAAGCAGCUUAAUUUUGUAUUUUUAAUUUUUCUGAGAAUAUGAAGUAUGUUACAAGCAUUCUCAUACCACUAUCCUCCAUGAUUGUAGACCAAUCCCCGAAGUUUCUAGCUGUAUAACUGAAAAGCCUGAUUAUAAUUCAUAAUUUAUCUUAAAUAGUUGACAGAGCUAUGUAAGCAAUAAAAAUAUUGCAAUAUACACUAGGAUAAUUCUAAUGACCGAGAAUGAAAAAUUAAAACAAAACAACAAGAAAUUGAAAAGAAAAUGGAAUUGUGAUAACCGCGUACUGCAUACAAAGUCAUUUAUUGCAUGUAAGUUAGCAGAAGAUCCAUAUAAAUAGUAAAACCCACACAUAAAAGCUUUGUAACAACCUAUCGAACCACCAAACCAACGGAACUGAAAAACCAACCAGCCACUUCUACAAUAAUAACAAAUCAUAUGCGUUGAAAAUAUAAAAUAUAUAUAAAAAUGAUGUAUUUUGAGAAAGCAAGGAACGCGCAUGCAGCAUGCGUCGGCCACGAAUUAAACUGUUGAUAACUAAAC